AUGUUUCCGCUCGUGAUGCAGCGGCAACUCCUUGAGGCGAAUAUGGCACACGGUUUAUCUUUUUGCUUUGUAGCAGCGUUUGGUUCGGGUAAAACACGCACCUGGAGGCAACAGCAGCUCGACCAGCGGUGCCGACCUCAGCACCGGAGACCGCAGUUGGCAGUGACGGCGACGCUGCUUGAACGUGAGCUGAUUGCAGGGUCUGCUCGCGGAGCUGCCCUGGAAACCUUCAAACUCUUUUUCCGGUGCCAGCCGGGGCGUUGGCGCUCAGAACGUUGCUACUUUUAUCGAGAGACCGCGGAUGUUGCCGACAGGGGCGGAGAAAGCGUGGAACGCUCGGAAACGCUGUUCCAAGUCGAGCCACUGACGGCGGAAACGACCACCAAGGUGCUGCGGGACAACGGAACGGACGAGUCGAAACUUAUCAGCGAAGGUUUCCAUUCGUUGGAAUACGCUGCUGGGUUUAAAGUCUCGUUUAAUACGAGAAUGGAGCACAGCGGUGAUGUAAGCGCGAGCACGAAUUUACUUUUCGUUCCGCAGGUGCUGGACGUGCAGCUCGCUCGACAACUAGGUCUCGUGCGUGGCCUCUAUUUCCGCGACAAGGGUUACGAAGAAGACCGGCCGAUUGUUGGUCAGUUCGAGUUUCAUGUCACGACGCGUGAACUUGUAAUGGUGACGGCUUACGCGCGUACAGUUAGUGUUGAUCGCAUUCUACUUUGCAGUGAGCGCCAGAGACUGCGACAAAUCGCCAACUAUCGCCGGCCAGAGGCGUGGCAGAGGGACGCUCCCUUGGAUCGGAACCGGUCGUUGUUGACGGAAGUGCGUCUCCUUGGUGCCGGUAUCGAAGACCGACUGCCAGACUAA